AUGGCAGCUUGGUGGGGAUGGAAGUGGAGAUGUAUUAAUGUCUUCAAUGGGUCCGGAAAAUGCAGAGACAGAGUACAGUUUGUGAAGGAUCAAACGCGGGAAGCGACAGCUGCACAUCAAAGUGUUAACAUAAAUAGCAGGACCAGAGCCACAUGGAUAGAGAGACUGGUCCAUUGGGUGCGACCAAGUGCAGGCUGGGUGAAGGUAAACACAGACGGAGCGUCUAGAGGUAACUCGGGUCUAGCGUCUGCAGGAGGAGUGUUACGAGACGAGCUUGGGUGCUGGUGCCGUGGCUUUGCUCUCAACAUAGGCAUUUGUACAGCACCUCUAGCUGAAUUAUGGGGUGUGUACUAUGGACUGUGUAUUGCUUGGGACAGCAAGGCCCAGAGAGUAGAGUUGGAGGUCGAUUCGGAGAUGGUUGUUGGUUUUCUCAGGACAGGGAUUGAGGAGGUACAUCCGCUGUCAUUCCUGGUACGCUUGUGCCAUGGCUUUCUAUCAAGGGACUGGAUAGUCCGGGUUUCUCACGUGUAUAGGGAAGCUAACCGCCUUGCGGAUGGGUUAGCUAACUAUGCGUUCUCGUUGCCUUCGGGUUUUCACUCUUUUACUUCUGUAUCGGAUGAUGUUCAUCCACUCUUCUUAGAGGACUCUGUUGGGACUGGUAUUUCACGCCUAAUCCGUUUGUAA